AUGGCUUCAGCAUUUCCGUCAUCAGCCAAGCGGUCCCGAACAUCAGCUGAAGCACCUUCCGUCAGGAAACAAGGGAAAGAAGUUAGCAUUCCGUGGGAGGAAAUUUGCCCAGCCUUAAUAAGUGAAUGGUUGGAUACAUUUAGUAAGGCCAACAACACUACAAGGGACAUUCUGCUGGCAAGUGUCCUGCCAACUGUGGCAUGCUUGAUGGGGCCCUCAACAGUCAAGGUUGACUGUAGAAUGCGCACAGAAAGUAUCAACCUCUACAUGAUCUGCUUGUGUGACCCAGGGGCAGGAAAGUCACCUGCCUUUCACCAUGGCUGUGCACAGCCCAUAAGGUUGCAUGUAGAGGCAAAGGAGGAUAACCCUUUAUUUGUUGACGAAUUUACUGAAGCUGGGCUAUUUCGUCAAUUGAAGUCAACACCUGGCCAUAAAGCUAUCAUUGGCAAGGAAGAGGUAUCACAGUUUUUUGACCAGCUACUUGGUGCUUCCAGGGAAAAGAGCCGCAUAGACAUGGAACGGAUGAUCCAGUUAUAUGAUGGAAGUACAUGGGUAUAUACACGGGCAGACAAGUCAGCACGUCAAGUCAUUGACAGUCCAGGAGUGUCAGUGAGUGGCUACAGUCAACCCAACCGCUUCUUUCCAAUUUAUGUCAAACUAAAGGAAAGGCAGGAUGGUGCAGUGGACAGAAUUCUCAUGUACCAGCCUUUGCCACAUCGUCUGGCAGCACAUGAAACUAAAGAGUAUAUCACCAAACUGAAUAAUUCGAAACUGAAAGAUCUCAGGUAAUUUUUUGUUUAUGGCAAGUUUUAAACACAGGUUGAUGAAACCUGAAUGUUUUGGAUCCAUAUAAGUAUGUGUACAGUACAGAAACUUUUUAAAAAAAAAAUGAACACUACAACAGCUUAACAGGAAUAGACAAAUUGUAUAAUGCUUUAGAGUUCCAGGUUAUUCUGGGAAAAUAGGCAUGAGUCAUAUUGUCUCUAACAAUGUCAAGAUGAUUGCUCUGAAAGCUGACAAGAGUUAAUUUACAUGUAUUCAUUCAUGGCCCAAUUUAAACACCCAGAGCAAUUCCAUUAGGGCCAAACUCUUUGUUUAACUUUUAACGCUUUGUAAUUUAUUCACCGCCUCAUUAUAUAUAUACUCGAUUUUAUUAUUUUAGUUUACUUGAUAAUGACGUUCUGGAAACGUCGAAACGUCAUGUUAUGCUUUAUAAUAUUUUAUCGCAGAUUUUUAUUGUCAAAUGCUUUACCAAAUCUUUACUUAUUCGAAUUCAUUCAUGGGAGUACAAAAAAUGUGAGAAAUUAAUAAACUUUAAGGUAAUAAUUGUUUUUAAUCUUGAAGUCAAUGUUUUUAUAUUUCAGAGCUGUCUAUUCUGCCAUAUAUGAGUUCUCUCAUUCUGAAAAUGGCCUUGUAAUGUACUCCCUAGACCAGGGUGGCAACAGAAAGUACGAGGAAUUUAUAGAUGGCAUCUCUGCAUCCCUUAAUAGUCAGUGGGCGAGAAACAUCUGCCCAGAAGAUGUUUCAAAAGAUGACAGGCAUGUGCUGAGGCUGGCAGCUGUUCUCCAUGUGUUAUACGACCAGCUGACAAAAUUUCUCCAAGAAGAAGAGAAAUCACCACCACCACAAGUCAUCAGCUCAUUAACUAUUCAGAGGAGUAUAACACUGUGCCAGUAUUUUACAGCACAGAGAAGAAUCCUUGACCAGGUGAGUGGUUGUUCAAUAAUAAAGCAACUGGUAAAACAAGUGUGACUAUUUCUUGGAGAAACAAAUUGAUAGAGGGCAUAGCCAUGGAACCAUAAACAUGAAAUUUGAAAAAUACAAGCCUAGGAAACCAGGCCGUGUAUUGCUUUUCUGUUUUUAUUUCCUUUUUAUUCCAGUUCAUUUUUAUUGAUGAAUACCUUGGUUUAUGUAUAAAUCACAAAAUCAAGAUUAAAUGCUUGAAUCAUGAAUUUUAAUAUCCUUUUUUCAUAUUUGCCUAUUGGAUAUGCAAAAAUAAAACCCUGCGAAAUACUAUCUUACCUAAGUAUAAAAAUUAAGUACCAAUAAGGUACACUAAAACCAGAGCGCCCAAACCGGCAUGUCUACAGUUUGUCGCCACAACAUUGAUAAGUGUUGAGCCAAAUUCUUUACCUGCAAAUUUAAGUCUGAUUAACUGCUUGAUAACAGAUCAUUAUUUUUUACUGAACCUCGACAUCUGAUGACUGAUGCUAGAAAUGGUUCGACAAACAUUGUCCAUCAGAAUUUCUACAAAUUAAAAAAAAUAAUCAAUAAAUAUUCAUCCUGAAAGAUUACUUACAGCUGUUCAUAUACUUAGAAAAGGAACAACAACUAAUAAAGAACUUGAUGUUUUCAUAACACAAUAGCAUCAAUCCUUCAAAAUUCCUUGAUGAACAGCUUAUCAGGAAUCAUCAUUUUCAGAUGCAGUACUUGUUACUGGAUUACUAAAAAGGUGUUUCUUGUUUUGCAGCUUGUGAAGUGCAAUACAGAGAAUGCCUCAAGUGACCACUAUGAACGGCAGAGGCGCAUCCUGCUAUGUAAAGGGCCUUUUGUGUCUACACGUCUGGCCCAGCGCAAUUUUAGUGGGAACGCGAGGCCAUCUGCUGAGGUUCUAAGUGGCACAAUGGAAAAUCUGGCAACAGAUGGAUUUGGCACUGUCGUAUCCGUCGACAGAAGCACCGUCUUCUACAAGAAGCUCCUGGCAGAUAUAAAUGAUGAAGACUUGGCCACAUAUGAGGUGACUAGGGAAAAAUACCUCCAAGCCUUUAAUGAGCGGGCAGACAAAUCCAUAAUUACAAAGGACCUAUUUAACAAAUUUCUCAACCAGUCACCACAUAAAGACCGCUUAAAGAAUGAGCACGAUAUCACACCAGAGGACAACUAGACAACUAGAAGUAAUGUAAGGGUACAUUCCUCUAGCUCAUUGCUAAGUAAUGCAGUUUAUCACCGUGCAAUUUUUCACUUCGGGUUUUUGUGACCAACAAUUUUUCAUACAUUUAUACUCAGGGAAGUUUGACGUUUCAUUUGCUGAUUUUUUUAUGGAAUAAGUGACACUUACCUCAAUUUCUGUUACUGACUUCAUUCAAUUUUCAACUUUUGGAACAUUGUUUUACAUAUUAUACAGGGCCAGCAACACAGUCCAAACAUGAAUAAACUACAGGCCUCAACAAUAUAAACUGGUUUACACAUUUUUACUCGAUUUUACCAGUAGCAUUUUUUGUGAUAAUUAUAAUUUGAUCCUGAUUUGACAAUGGUAUUACUAGUUUUUCAUCAAUUGAAAUAAUUUCCUACUCAUUGACAGUUGCUGCUGGUGUCUGAGGGGUAAAAAAUAUUGACCGGUAUAAAUCAUUCAGUCUGCAUAUAAGCCCAUUCUACUUGUAAAAAAAUGUUGAAAAUGUGUACAAGACUUGAAAUGUAAAAAAAAAAACCAAACAAACAAAAAAAAAACAAGCCGACUGGCUGAUGUAGUGAAAAGCUAAUAAUUAUUAUAGUGCCUGUUGACAAAAAUAUGAUAAAAUUAAUACAGCUGGUGGCUUUGAAGAUUUUGGAAGCAUUUCUAGUGUGAAAUAUUUUCCCUGUGGUUUAUUCAUGUGUAGGCAGGCCAUUGUUACUGCAAUAAAAAAACCUCCAGUUACCUUGACCAUUAUAAUGAAAAUGGCUCUUCUUUUUUUGGAAUUAUUUUUUAAUUGGAGUUCAUGUGACAGAUGAGCAGUCUAUUGCCAUCAAUGACUGAGUGACCCUCUGAGACAAAUGAAUAUUUAGCAAAUCGUUUAGAAUAUGAGGAAAUAGUGAGGUGAGAUACAGAAAAUGUGAAUAAUAUGUAUGUUUUUGGUCUCAAAGUAUUUUGGGUUUGCAUUACCCUAGAAGUUCCAGGGAAUGUUUGCAAGUUAAAAAAAUGGUUCUUCCAAGAAAUUUAUCAUUCCAGAGAAAGUACUAGAAGGCUUCCUGUUUUUUUAACUCUAAUAAAUUAUUAUUGAAUUGAAUUGAAAAAACAGUGUUAAGUGAUCUGAGUACGAUAAAUUUUGUUUCAGUUACAUGAAAGAGGAUUUGAGUUAAUGUGAUUUUAUUUACUGUUCUUGUUUCUUAAUAACCAUAUAAUAAUUGGAUGAUAAGUGCUUUCAGUUAGUUUUGUUGGUUAAGAGAAGAACUAACCCUUUCUUGCCCCCUUUGAGAUGUACUACCCUAAAAUAUCUCAUAGUUAGUUAGACGAGGAAAACUCCAGUUCAAACAUAUUUUUUCACCUUAAAAAAAGUAAGCAGUAGUUGUAAGUGAUAGUGAGUGGGAUAACCUUUUAUACUCAUU